AUGCUGCAGCUGAGCCUGUCCUGGCUGGGCCUGGGGCCGGUGGCAGCCUCCCCGUGGCUGCUUCUGCUGCUGGUUGGAGCCACCUGGCUCCUGGCUCGUGUUCUGUCCUGGACCUACACCUUCUAUGACAACUCUCGACGCCUCCAAUGUUUCCCUCAGCCCCCAAAACGGAACUGGUUUUGGGGUCACCUGGGCCUGAUUCAGAACAAUGAAGAGGGCAUGCGGCUGCUGGAGGAUCUGGGCCACUCCUUCCGUGACGUCCACCUCUGGUGGAUCGGGCCUCUCUAUCCUGCUCUGAGGCUUGUUCACCCUAAGUUCGUGGCGCCUGUGCUUCAGGCCCCAGCUGUCAUCGCACCCAAGAAUAUGACUUUCUACCGCUUCCUGAUACCCUGGCUGGGGGACGGGCUGCUGCUGAGUGCCGGUGACAAGUGGAGCCGCCACCGCCGCCUGCUCACACCCGCCUUCCACUUUGACAUCCUAAAGCCCUAUGUGAAGAUUUUCAACAAGAGUGUAGACAUCAUGCACGCCAAGUGGAAGCGCCUGUCCUCAGAGGGCAUCACACGUCUGGACAUGUUUGAGCACAUCAGCCUCAUGACCUUGGACAGUCUGCAGAAAUGUGUCUUCAGCUUUGACAGCAAAUGUCAAGAGAGUCCCAGUGAAUAUAUUGCUGCCAUCUUGGAUCUCAGCGCCCUCGUAGUGAAACGGGUACAAAAGACCUUCCUGCACGUGGACUUCCUGUACCACCUUACUCCUGAAGGCCGACGCUUCCGCAAAGCCUGCAACCUGGUGCAUGACUUCACAGAUGCCGUCAUCCAGGAGCGGCGCCGCACCCUGGCAAGCCAGGAUGUUAAUGAUUUCCUCAAGACCAAGACCAAGGCCAAGACUUUGGACUUCAUUGAUGUGCUCCUGCUGGCCAAGGAUGAAGAUGGGAAGGAGUUGUCAGAUGAGGACAUACGAGCAGAGGCUGAUACCUUCAUGUUUGAGGGACACGACACCACGGCCAGUGGCCUCUCCUGGGUCCUGUACAACCUUGCAAAGCACCCAGAAUACCAGGAUCGCUGCCGGCAGGAGGUGCAAGAGCUCCUGAGGGACCGUGAGCCUAAAGAGAUCGAAUGGGACGACCUGGCGCAGUUGCCCUUCCUGACCAUGUGCAUUAAGGAGAGUCUGCGCCUGCAUCCCCCAGUCACCAUCAUCUCCCGCUGCUGUACCCGGGACGUUGAGCUCCCAGAUGGCCGCGUCAUCCCCAAAGGAAACAUCUGCUCCAUCAGCAUCUUCGGGAUUCAUCACAACCCGUCAGUCUGGCCGGACCCUGAGGUCUAUGACCCCUUCCGCUUCGACCCCGAAAACAUGAAGGGGAGGUCACCUCUGGCUUUUAUUCCCUUCUCGGCGGGGCCCAGGAACUGCAUCGGGCAGACGUUCGCCAUGGCCGAGAUGAAGGUGGCCGUGGCGCUCACGCUGCUGCGCUUCCGUGUCCUGCCCGAUGACAAGGAGCCUCGCAGGAAACCAGAGCUGAUCCUGCGCGCCGAGGGCGGACUCUGGCUGAGGGUGGAGCCGCUGAGCGCGGGCCCGCAGUGA